CCCAGAGCAGUGGGGGCUGCCUGGGCUCUGGGUCUUGAUUCUCCGUGAAUUCCAAAGGGUGAAGCUCGACUCCCUCAUUUCUGCCGAUAGGGAGGAAACAAGGGGGGGAAGGGGUGCUAUAAUUAGCAUAUUCCAACGCUAUUGGCUCGUUCCCGAGCUGUUUUACAUAGGCCCGCCUCUUCCCCACUCCCUCCUCCGGCUGGCUGGCUGGGUUUUGCGGUAUAGGGCUGCCUGCUAGUGCAGUGCAGUGAUCGGCGAGGGAGGCUGGCGGCGGCGCUGCUGCUGGAGGCGGGGAGAAGGGAACAUUUAAACACUUUUAUUUUUCCGGCGUUCUUCCGCCGCCCGGCUGGGAGUGGGGCUGCCGAGCCCCUCCGCGGAGCUGAGCCGGUGCGUGGGCCGGGAAGAGGCUUUGGAAGGCGCAACAAAGUGGCGAGUGGGCUCUGUCUCGUCUUUCCGUUCCCCCUCUGGUUUCCUGCGGGUGCAGCAUGAAGUGCAGCUAUGGCAAGGCGAGGUAAGACAGUGGUGAGGACGCUGGAAGAUUUGACCCUGGAUUCUGGUUAUGGUGGUGCUGCGGACUCAGUCCGGUCCUCCAACUUGUCCCUGUGCUGUUCGGAUUCCCACCCGGCUUACCCCUAUGGAGGAAACUGCUGGCAGCAUCUAGCUGACUCCAUGCACAGUAGGCACAACAGCUUUGACACUGUCAACACGGUCCUAGUGGAAGACUCCGAGGUGCUGGACUGCUCGGGGCAGCAGUGCUCCAGGCUGCUGCCUGACCUUGAGGAGGUCCCUUGGACUCUGGAGGAGGUGGAGGCGCUGCUCCUGCUGCGGCAUAGGGAGUCCCGCGGGCCGGCGGCCACCCCCGCUAGCCCUGCCAGAGAUGCCCUGGCCAAGCUCUCCUCCUUGGUCAGCCGGGCGCUGAUCCGGAUCGCCAAGGAGGCUCAGCGGCUGAGCCUGCGGUUUGCCAAAUGCACCAAGUACGAGAUCCAGAGCGCCAUGGAGAUCGUCCUGGACUGGACGCUGGCCUCCAGCUGCACGGCGGCCGCCCUGGGCGCCCUCUCCCUCUACAACAUGAGCAGCAGCGGCGGGGACCGCUUCAGCCGGGGCAAAUCCACCCGCUGCGGGCUCACCUUCUCGGUGGGCAAGUUCUACCGCUGGAUGGUGGACAGCCGGGUGGCCGUGCGCAUCCACGAGCACGCCGCCAUCUACCUGACCGCCUGCCUGGAGAACCUCUUCCGAGACAUCUACGGGCGGGUGAUGGCGGGGGGCAGCGCCUCGGCCCACCCGCACCCCAACCGGGGCUCGGGCUCCGGCUCCGGCUCGGCCGCCGCCGCUGGCGCGGAGAAGGACAAGGAGAGCGGCGGCGGCGAAGCGCCCAAGUUUACGGUGGAGGCUCUGGAGCAGACGGUCAACAACGACGCGGAGCUGUGGGGCUUGCUGCAGCCCUACCAGCACCUCAUCUGCGGGAAGAACGCCAGCGGUGUUCUCUGCCUGCCAGACAGUCUGAACCUUCACAAAGACCAACAAAGGUCAAAUAAGCCUGGCGAAGUACAGAUGUUUAGCCAAUCAGAGUUAAGGACCAUAGAGCAAUCCUUGCUCGCUACCCGGGUGGGAAGCAUUGCCGAACUCAGUGAUCUGGUGUCUCGAGCAAUGCAUCACCUCCAGCCACUCAACUCAAAGCAGCAUGGCAACGGCACUCCAAUGCACCACAAGCAGGGAUCGCUAUACUGGGAACCCGAGGCGUUGUACACACUCUGUUAUUUUAUGCAUUGUCCGCAGAUGGAAUGGGAAAACCCUAAUGUUGAGCCUUCAAAAGUCACACUGCAGAUUGAAAGGCCAUUCAUAGUGCUGCCACCCCUGAUGGAAUGGAUAAGGGUUGCUCUGGCUCAUGCAGGGCACCGUCGCAGUUUCUCUGUGGACAGUGAUGAUGUACGGCAAGCAGCAAGGCUCUUACUACCUGGAGUUGACUGUGAACCUCGACAGUUAAAAAUCGACGACUGCUUCUGUGCUUCUCGAAAACUGGACGCAGUAGCCACAGAAGCUAAAUUCAAGCAGGAUCUGGGAUUCCGAAUGCUGAACUGCGGCCGAACGGAUCUAGUUAAACAGGCCAUAUCUUUGCUGGGGCCAGAUGGAAUUAACAGCAUGAGUGAACAGGGCAUGACUCCACUGAUGUAUGCUUGUGUCAGGGGUGAUGAGGCUAUGGUGCAGAUGCUACUAGAUGCUGGAGCAGAUUUGAAUGUUGAGGUUGUCAGUACUGCUCAUAAAUAUCCAUCCGUCCACCCCGAGACCCGCCAUUGGACAGCUCUGACAUUUGCUGUGUUGCAUGGACAUAUUCCUGUAGUUCAGCUAUUGCUGGAUGCUGGAGCAAAGGUAGAAGGUUCUUUAGAGCAAGGAGAGGAAAAUUACUCGGAAACUCCUUUGCAACUGGCAGCAGCUGCUGGAAAUUUUGAACUGGUGACUUUGCUGUUGGAGCGAGGUGCUGACCCCAUGAUAGGAACAAUGUACAGAAAUGGAAUUUCCAUGACUCCACAAGGUGACAUGAACUCUUUCAGUCAGGCUGCUGCACAUGGACACAGGAAUGUGUUUCGUAAGCUGCUUGCUCAGCCAGAGAAAGAGAAGAGUGAUAUUCUGUCCCUGGAGGAAAUACUGGCUGAGGGAACUGACUUGGCAGAUGCUGCACCAGCUCCUUUGUGCGCCAGCCGCAACAGCAAGGCCAAACUGAAAGCACUGAAAGAAGCCAUGUAUCACAGCGCCGAGCAUGGAUAUGUGGAUGUCACUAUUGACAUAAGGAGCAUAGGAGUUCCAUGGACGCUACAUACAUGGUUGGAGUCUUUGCGAACUUCCUUUCAGCAGCACAGAAGGCCUCUCAUCCAAUGCUUGUUAAAGGAAUUUAAAUCCAUUCAGGAGGAAGAGUACACUGAGGAGCUCAUCACACAUGGGUUGCCUUUGAUGUUUGAGAUACUGAAAGCAAGUAAGAAUGAAGUGAUAAGUCAGCAACUGUCUGUCAUUUUCACUCAUUGCUAUGGACCUUAUCCUAUUCCAAAGCUUGUUGAAAUCAAACGAAAGCAGACCUCUCGUUUAGAUCCCCAUUUUCUUAAUAAUAAAGAGAUGUCAGAUGUUACAUUUCUGGUGGAAGGAAGACCAUUUUAUGCACAUCGAGUGUUAUUAUUUACUGCAUCCCCAAGGUUUAAAGCGCUGCUAUCUAGCAAACCCUCAGCUGAGAACACUUGUAUUGAGAUCAGCUAUGUGAAGUACCCCAUAUUUCAGCUGGUUAUGCAGUAUCUUUACUAUGGCGGUGCAGAAUCACUCCUAAUUAAGAAUAAUGAAAUAAUGGAGCUUCUCUCUGCUGCUAAAUUCUUCCAGCUUGAAGCUUUGCAACGACACUGUGAGAUCAUCUGUGCAAAAAGUAUAAACACAGAAAGUUGUGUGGAUAUUUAUAAUCAUGCCAAGUUUCUCGGAGUCACAGAACUAUCCUCCUAUUGUGAAGGCUACUUUCUAAAAAAUAUGAUGGUCCUCAUUGAAAAUGAAGCUUUCAAACAGCUGUUGUAUGACAAGAAUGGAGACACGUCUGGUCAGAAUGUACUACAAGACUUACAGAGGACGUUGGCGACACGGAUUCAGUCAAUUCAUUUGUCUUCUUCGAAGGGCUCCGUUGUAUAAAGGUCUGAGAUCGCGCUCAGAAAAGACACUGCGAGUUCAGGCUCCUGUUGCAGUUGCUUAAAUGAACAUACAAAAUUCUGCUUCACAUUGGAAUAUUUUUUUUUUUUUGUUGGCCAAAGGUGCUGCUUUUAGGCUGCAGCCUCACUUAGAUGAGGGAAUACUGUACAUGUGGCUCCUACCCAUUUUUGAGAAACAAGGAUAUAGCACUAUUCUGUGAAUUACUGUUAUGUUCAAUUCUGAACGCAAAAGUGUGGUCUUGGAGCUAAUGCCAACAAAAGCCAGAACUCCCCAAUGAACAGCAGAAGCCUCUGCCUGAACAAAGAUGCCAUGGACCACUUAAAAUGACAAAUGGGUUAUUUAAGGUUAUUCUGCUCCACCAUGUUAUACAUUUAAGAACUGUACUGUACCUAUCCCAGAGUCCAUUCUAUUGUGCAUUUAAGAAACGUAAGAUUUGUUAGUUGCUGUUUCAUAAGGGUCAACUGUGUUAGAGAGUUGGUAAGACUGUUAUAAAUGAGGAAAUAUACUGGCAAAUUUUUAGGGGUGGGAACUUUUUAAAAUUGUUCAUAACAAAUGGGGUGGCCUUGUAGUUUAAAAUCUAUUUCUUAAGCUUAAAAAUUCAUUUUUGACAGAGUUGUGUUUGCGAAUCUAUGUAACAUGUUUUGUUUUUUAAAGGCACACUGUGUAAAUACUGUAUACAUAUGAGCAGGUUUUGCUUGUAUUCUUUCCUAAGGUGGUAUAAUCUUGCCUAAAUGGCUAUGGUUACACCAAAGAGGUACAUUACCAAGACAAUAUCUAAUACAGUAGUUGGGGAAUAAAAAUCUGCAUGCUAAUUGUGAUUUGGGGUUAAAAACAAUAACAAACUCAACAUGCAUUUGCAUGGUAACUGUACCUGUGAAAUGUUAUGUUUGUGCUUUGUUUUGCCAAGACUGCUUGUCAAACUCCAUUUGUGAAAUUAGCAUAUUUACUUUUUUUUCUUGGUGCAAAUGGUAGUGAGAUGAUUCCCACAGAGACUUGUUGGAAGAUGCUGAUUUCUGUUUGUUACAUGGAAGAGUUAAGAUCAGCCUUUAUUCUAGUAACAUGUCAAUAUUUCGCUACUGGCCAGAGAUUGUGACUAAGUUAGACUUUUUUAAAUUAUUAUUAAAUAUGUACUAUAGAAUAAUUUCUUACUGUAUCCUCUGAAUGUAUAGGUUAUCUACAAUGGAGGUGUUCAAUGUCAGGGCUCAAUUUAUUUUGCAGCAUACUGUUAGCAAGAGAGAUCUGUUAAGUGCCACAAUUUUCUGGACAGCUUGUACUUGAUGAUACCUUUCACGAAUCGGUUGAUUUAAAACAUAGGGAAGACCUCAGUAAAGAGUAAGGAGAAAGGCGCUACCUUUUCAGUGGCAAAAUUACAUGUAUUUCUUUUCUAGCAUGCUUUUUGAAACUGUGCCCGGUUCACAGAUUUUUAGAAGCUUUAAUUUGACAGUGCAUGGUAACUUCUUGGACUUUUGUUAGAGUAUUUAUGUCCGGUGCUAUUUCAUGUUUAUAGCUUUUGGAAUGCUCAGAAAACACAGUCUUUGCAUUAGUUACCAACAUGAUAGGAAACUGUUUUAUUGUUCUGAUCUGUAAAUCUUCCCGUAUGCUUGAUCAUUUUAAAGCCUAUACAGUAUCUGCAACAAAUUACAAAAUUGUCUAAACUACCAUUAAUGUCUCAGAGACACAGCAUGUCAGCCUAACAAUGAAUUAUCAGACAAUUUGUUUCUGCAUAUGAUAUGCCAUAUAAGAUGUUGUCUAGAUCAUUUAGCUACUGGCGACUUACUUUUCUGUGAAUGUUGCAAUGCUAGAGAAGCAAGAACCUGAUAAAUGCAAUUGCAACUCUUGGGGGUGCUUAUAUUAUAGUUUGGUGUGCUUCCUCACUCACUGAAACCCAUUCUUCCAUAUUGGUAACAAUCUACAUAAUAAAAACAAAUCUCACCCAGCAGCUUAAUGUUAACUUCUCUAAAUAUAAAAUUAUAAUGCUCCAGAUUUUUACCCAGUAAUCAAGUAGGCCAAAUUCUACCCUCAGGUACACACAGAGCUCCCACUAAAGUAAUCAGGCAUUGCAGACAUGUAUCUACAAGCAGAAUUUUUCUCGGUGGGAAGUAAAACCACAGGUAUAAAUUCAGCUAGGCAAUCUGGUAUCUUAACAGGAUGAUAACCACUGCUUAUGUAGCAGUGACUUCAGGGCAUACAUUAAUAGCGGUCCAGGGCAUUGGUAAUGGGAUAUAGAGUCCUAUAUCCCUGGGUUCUUCAUUGGAAUGUUGAUGUAGACUGAUGUCACCAGCACAGAAAUCCACCACAAUAGGUGUAACUUUCUUUGGCAGUGUCAGCAAAAAAAAUCAAAGACUGGAUGGGGAAGGGAGACUUCUCUCCUGUCUCACCCUGAGAACUGGCUCCUCUAGGUUAGGACUGAGACGCAUAGGAUGGGCUGUGGUAAGCUUGAAGUGUCACUGACUUUGUGGUAUUUGUUCUGCUGCUAAACAGAGGACUUCACUUGCUCUAUCUCUAGUACAUCUUUCAUGAGCAUUACAUUCACUAGAAGUAUUCUGUUAGGAACAAAGGGACAAAUUCUCCCUUCACUCUGUGCACAGGGGUUACUAUGGACUAAAAGGGAAUUGUGUGAGCAUGCAAGGCAAAAUUAGACCCAAAACUAGUAGCAGCAAAGCGUACCUGCCUCUAAACAAACACCACAAAUCUCCUUCAGCAGGACUGUGUCAACCCAUAGAUUUGUGCAUUCCCUUUGCUUCUUCAGGGGCUCAUUAAUCUGGAACAUUGCGCACGAUCUAAUGCUCGGGGUUCCAGUGCAUAAGCCUUCAGAUUUAAGUUACUGCUACCAUGGGAUUUGCUUUGCUCUCAACUAAACAUGAACAGGAGAACAAGAUUAUAGAAGUCUAUGGGAUCAAAAAUGCUCCUGAAAGAGGAUUCUGGCUAUUGAUUGGUGUGGCAGUGUCUAUUGCUAUUAAAGCUAUUGUUAAUGGAUACAUUAGAGUACAUUGCACGGUUAUUGGUUUGCAAACACUGGUGGAAAAGCUCAUGGGAGGGCUUAUUAGGGCAGCAAAAACUGCAUGGUUUCCCUCACAGAGUUUCCUCCCUGUUCUUCAAUGGGGGGCAGAGUUCCCAGACUCAGCUAAGCAGGGGGGUACAGACCUGGGGUCCCAUUGAGCUCCACAAUGCACAGAUUCUGGAGUCCCUCUGGGUGCCUAAUCCACACCCAGUCGAACCAGAACUGCUAUCGUUCCAUUUCAGUAGAAGCCUCUGUGGUGAAUUUCAUUCAAAAAAACACUUAGAAUGUGACCAUGAUCCCUAUAAGACAUGGCCUUUCCAUACAGCAAUCAUUAUCGUAGUGGUACAUAUCAGUGUCCUUUAGAAAGUGCUGUUAUUUCAGGAAACAAAAGCCUUUGUUCAUUAAUCUCUGUACCGAUUGCAAUAAUUCAUCCCUUCUGGGGAAGAAUUCCCUCUAUCCUCCCCCCGAGGAAUUUCAGAUGGUUGGGUGAACUGGAAAUUCUUUUUAAAACCCUUAGAAAAAGUGUAUUAAUUUUUUCAAUCAUAACUCGCACUCCCCUUCCCUCUGCACAACGAUCUAGGGCUUUUUUUUUCCAUCUAGGUUUUUAUAAGGUCACCCAUCACUGUGGUAUCUGGGCAUCUACAGGCACUUUGACCCUUCUCAGUUGCAAGUCCUGCCUUUCCUUCUCUAGAAGAGACCCAAUCUCCUCUUAGCUCCCUUAAUUGCCCCGCAGUCCCCAGAACGCACCCACUUGCCUAAUCUGUUGCCAGCUCCCUCCCUGUUCUAGAACCAUGCUGGUUCCCUCCCUGACCCUGGCAGAUGUUAUCUCAACUAACCCAGCUCUCCCCUUUGGUUCAUUGCCCCAUAAUCAGCUUGAAAACUGGCAGAGGAGGUGGGCUGGGUGGAAACAUAUGAUAGGAAAGUUUGGGGGCAUCAGGGAGCAAGGUUAGUACUCUUUUCAGGGAAAACUCCAAAACCAUCUCCCAGUUACUCAAAUCCUCCCUGCUCCACAGAUUGGAGACCUUCCAUCUCUUAGAAACAGAUGGCUUCCAAAUAUUUUCUACUCUAGAAAAUGGCCAGUUUCCUAAGGGAGCCUUUCUCCAGGCUAAAACUUUGCAUGCACGUUCUUGGCUCAGAACUGAAUUGAUUGUGCAAAGUAUAUAAAUGUAUAUAUUCCAAGUGGUGCAUGGGGAAUUAGUGGAAAGCCUCUCACUGGCACUACCAGGAGCUGCUCUGGUAAGUUUCCACCUGCCACUUUUUAAACUGACACUGUUCAUGUUGAAGAUCCACUUAUAGUUGUCUUCAUACCAAAAACUGUACUAGUCCCUUUUGGAUGCAUUACAGUAUGCGGUGUGAUAGGGAGUCUUUCUGGACCCUCCAGUUCUGUGCCAAAAUGUACUGUGGUUUGAUGUUUGAAGAUUUUUUUUUUUUUUCAGUGAUUUCAGCUCCCACUGAAAUGAGCUACAUUUCAAUGGUGCAGUAGUGAGAGAGAGAGCUGGCCUUUUCUUCAAAAACAAAAAUCAAAUUAAGGGCCCAGUCCUGCACACAAAACCAAGUGAAGUCAAUUGGGACCUGUCUUGUCAGUGUGUUAUUGACAUAUGUACAGCUGUCAUUAAAUUGAACACACCUAAAUUUCUAUACAAUAUUGAGAUUCCAGAUAGGGCUCAAGCCAUACUAGACAAAAAAGCCAUUUCCCUAUAUUAUUGACUACAGGCCAAAUCAAUGCAAGUUGCAGAUACUCAAGACUUCCUCAGGAGUCAGCUCUAUAUUAAUAAUAAUUCGUACAUAGGACCAGAUCCUGAAGUCGGUAUGUGUUAAAACUGGCACUGAAGUCAGUCGGUGUUCUGCGUGAAUAAGGGUGGAGUAAAAGCUGAAUAAGGACUUUGGGAUUUGGCCCAUGGUGUCUUUAAUCUGAGAAUCUCAAAAUGCUUUACAAACAUUACCGGCUUGAUAUUGCUGCUCUUACUCCUGCUUAAUACCUUAUCCCAGAAAUAGUCCCAUUGAAAUUAAUAGGUCGAAGGAUGGAGUGCGCUGUAUUCUCAUUUCUAAUAUGCAUGCACUCCUCCCAUUGACUAGAUAGUUGAGCUCUAGCAAAUGUUAACUUUUCUAUGUCAGUAUAAAUGUCUGCAUUGCAUCUGAGAGAGUGAAUUUGUCUGAACACCUUUGGCUGGUGGCUGACGUCGGCCAGUCAACUUUCCAUCAUUUCCGCUGCUGUGUUUUCAUUAAAACUUCUAUUACCUUUCCCACUCACUGCGGUUAUAGAUUAUUUUUUCUUAUCACAUUUCUGAAGCAAACAAAGAAAACAACCUGAAAUAUCCAAGCAGAAACAAAUUAUGUUUAAAAAUAGGGCAAGUUAGAAAACAGGGACACUCAGCCAUACAAGGAUGUGACCUUUAUAAAACAGUCACAUUAGAAAACAGCUCGUUCUUUAAAUGGGCCUUAAUCAUAACACCUCAGCCAUGCUGGCAAGGAUGGCUUAGUGAUCUAAGGUUCAAAUUAACUAGAGUCCUUCAAGCCACAUAAUCAAAUCCCGGCAGCAUUGACUGACCCUUUCAUCACUCUGUGAUCGAUAAAUUCAAUACCAUCUAGUUUACUGUUGGGGGGAGGGGUAUCGUUCAGGUGAGACGUUAUCAAGUCUGGUCCUUUCCGCUCUACAAGACCUUUAAACAGCACAUACGUAGCGCUUCAAGUGCAGGGAUUUGUCCCAUUAUCCUUAAUUGAAAGUUCCCCUUUCUCCCGUUGUUGUGCAGUGAGCUGUGUGCCAGUUGGAUGGUGCCCAAUGCCCCAGUGGUGGCUGGAUUUCAAUGGUGCUGUAGGUCUCUAAAUCAUGAAGCACCUGAGAGUCUUCAGAAUGAACAGUGCUACAUAAAAGUAAAAUAAUUCAUCUUAUCAGAGAGCCCAAACUAAGUAGGGUCAAGGCUGGCUAGACCUCCAAUAAAACGUGCUUCAGAAGGCAGUGUUGGUGGGUCAGAAGGUGGCUUUUCCCCUUUGAGUCCCUGAACCAAUGCCCUAGCCUGGUGUUUGAGAGCACUGUGCUAUGGGUGGUGACAUCUUUCAGAUGAGUCAUAAAGCUGAGGUCCUGACCCCUUGUGGUCAUUAAAGAACUGAUGGCACAUUACACAAGAGUAGGUCAGAGCUGUCAACCUCAGGGUCUUGGCCAAACUCCAAUUUAGAAAUUAUAUGGUGCCUACCAAAAUUCCUCUUGUGUAUUUUAAAUAGGUAUGUUAUUCACUUCUUGUCCUAAAUGUCUGUGUACCGUUGCAAUGUACUGUUGUAAGCACCUGCCUUUCACCCUAGCAUUUGCUUGUAUAUCAGUGGUAGAUGAAGACAUUUGUGUGAGAGAGAGAAUUAUGCAUAUAAUAAGUCAAACUCCCACCCUACAUUGCAUGGGUGCAACUACACAGCAAAGUAUGAUACUUUCCUAGUGCUCUUUUCAGCACUGUGUGGAGGGCCUGGCUAAUGUGUCUCCUGGUACUUUAUGGCCCCAAGGUGAUGUGGUCAGGACCCAUGCACCCCUCUAUACUGUGUCCUGCAUCACACAAUAGAGAGGUCUGGAUCUUGCUCGUUUUAGAGCAGCAUUAUGGUGUUCUGAAAAGAGUUCCCUCAGCCUCUUUGCACUAAUGAGAUGGCUACUGGACUAUACUUCAGUCCAGCUCAUCUGCAAGCCUUCCCCUUGUAAUACCACCUGCACAGAAUGAGUCUACUCAGAGCAAGAUUUUGAAUCUGUAAAGCAUUUUAAGACCCUCUGGGACAAAAGAUGCUUUAUAAAAUCAGAUAUUCUGUAUCUGAACAGUUCAUGUUCUGCGUCUUCUGUUUUUUACAUGUGAAAUGUUUUUGUUUUUUUAUUUGUGUGAGUGAGUGAGAGAGAGAUGGACAGUAAAUAAAUGUACUGUAUAUCUUA